CAGGCGGCAUCGCAACAACAGCAGCAGCAAGAGGCCGAGUUCAACCCUGUCGUGACCGCUGUUUGCCGCAAGGGCAUGAUGACGAUUUCCGUGGAGACUGAACUGCCCUUUUAUGUGUCGGAUUAUGCGCUGAAAUAUGCUAGAAUUCUGGAAAGAGUUCUUCGCUGUCUGGAAUUGGCCUCGUCUCAAAUUGGCUCUGUUUCGAACUUCGGUGUUUUCGGUCUGCUCUUGACGGAAAGGUGUCUUGAGAGAUUACCGGGAAAAAAGGUUCCACGGAUUCUUCUGAACGUAUUUUUGGUGGGUAUUUGGAGCAAGGUUAUGGUUCUGUUCUGGAAACCCGAAAAAGAGCCUCGGAAAGAAAGGGUUGUGCACGCCAAGUAUUACAGGAAGCCAGAGUGUUCCAUUAAUGGCGUCGGAACUAAGAACACGUCUUUCGUCAUCGACCUCCUGGCCGAGCCCGGAAGGCCCAAUUACUGCGGCAUCAACUUCAACAACCGGGUCGGCUUUUGUCCUGGAUUAUUGUUCCGCGGGUAUAAUCCUGAGGAAUGGCUGACUGAUCCACCCUGGUUGCGCCUCAGGGCAGGGGCCGGAAAAAAUUCCCUUCUCAAGAAUUAA